CGGUUGCCUCCGGGCAUACAUGCUGAAGGGAAAAGGAAAAACACAACUCGCACUCACACAGCACCCACAGCACCCACAGCCUACCUAACCUUCCCCGCCCGCCCCAUCGGAACACCGUCGAAUUCCCAAUGCUCGCAGCCCCUUCAAGGUUACCUCCUCGUUACUAGACCUACCCAAGUUGGCAACAACGCAUUAUUGAGUGACCAUGUUCACCGCUGAGGGGUUGGAGACCCUGCCAACGGAACUCUUCAUUCGUAUCAUCAAGCAGCUGAAAAAGGCCGAUCUAAAAUCCCUUUCUUUGGUGUCCAAGAAGUGUUAUUUUGUCGUUGCUGAACCACUCUGGGAGUCAGCCAUCAUCAAGCCAUUGUCCGAGCGCCAACUCCAUCAGAUCAACGCUGGAGACCUGCCGCAAGCGCGUUUCCAGCUUGCCCGGCAGCUGCACUUCCGCUCAGAUUUCCGACUCGUCCUGAAGGACCGAUGCCCCCAUCACAAGGAUGCAAAGGGUGAUGACGGCCCGACUCCGUCCAAGAUAGAUGACGAGGACGAGUUGCACGUCGGUAGUCGUCCGGAAGCUGGGGAGGACGGCGAUAAGCACCCACAGCGCUUCCACCAUCUUGCUCAGCAGGCAAAGCUUGCCCUUGAGCGGUUGCAACAUGACCAGUUGCUCGGCUUUAGUUGGGAUCUGGGUGCUUGCGUGCCCUCUGACGUUCUCGGGCCGCGUGGAACAAUCUCGCUGAAUAAUCCUUCGCUGCGAUCCUUGACCCUUACCACCGACCCGGGGUGCCAAACCCCCGGUGCCCCGGAUUCCGACAUCGAUUUGUCCGCAUUGUGUAAGCUCCAGAGUUUGCGUUGGAGAGGCCCCGGAGUCCGUCACCUCGAUACUUUGUCCCUCGCUAUUGAGAACAACUCGGGGCGGCUACAACGUCUCGAGUUGGACUUCAUCCGCUGGGGAUCUCUCGAGCGAGACAUGAUGGAGCUCAAGAAAACGAACUUGCUCGAAGCCCGCGAGUGGUGUGCCAAUAACAUCUUCGGGUUGGCAAGGCAAUCCCCGCAGCCUAUCCUUUCAGCGAUCCGCGAAUUGUCCCUUGCGGGAAUGCCCCUUAGUGAUGGGAUGGCACGGACGAUCAAUCUCGACACGCUCGUGUCCCUUAAACUACGGGAAUGCAAGAACUGGGUCGGAUUUCUCGAAGGAAUCAUCCAUCUCGGCGUCCCUAUAAGGCUGAAAGCACUCGAGCUCCGGGACUCACGCGCCGUGACCCAGCGCGACGCCCCCGUGACUUUGAAUCGCUUUCUCAACGCUUUCGACGGCCUCGAGGAACUAUUCGUAAGCUACUGGAAUUCCUCGAGAAGGACCUAUGUCGGAUACUGGCACCAUGCCAGCCUCGGGAUUUGGAGCGGCGCCAACCAUCACCGGGCAACCCUCAAGAGAUUGGGGUAUCAUAGGCGAUGGACAGAGUGGGCCUGUCCUGAGGGCGAUGUGCUGGACCUGGAUCUGCGUAUGUGGGGAAUCAGCCAAAUUGGAUAUGAGGAUCCCUCGCAGCAUCAACUCGCUGAGUUGGAUCUCGACUUCAUCGGACUGUCCUGUCCCCCGGAUCAAUUGGAAGAAAUCCUGCUGCCCUUUUCCUUCAAUGCUUCGUUAAAGGUGCUCCACAUCCGCCAAUCCGGUUAUGGUUGGUCCUUGGUUCUGGAAGAGGAUGAAAUCAAUAAGGGCUUCUUCCGGAUGUCGUCUGAAGAACAACAGAAGCUGGCGUUGGAGCAGGAGAGCGAAGAGUCGGAACGGGGUGUGGAGGGCGGCCAUGACACCACAGCUGAUGAGUAUGAUGCCGGCCUCCGUGCUAGGAUCCGGCCAGAGUUCAAAGACUUUGCCGAGUGGGCUUUUGGCCCCCAGGGGAUUCGCUCGCUCCAGGCUAUUGCGUACGGGGACUUUUCCUGCAGCGGACGCGUGGGGAGACCGCGGCGGAUGGAGCAGCUGCUCUUGUGCAGAAACGCACAUGUCGGCGACGGGGAAAACACUAACUUUCGAAUCGUACGCAAGGACGAUCCCGGGGUGCGGGUUCUCGACGAGUAUCACGACGCGCUGCAGGCCUUGCCCAUGGAGCCGCUUUUGGAGUAUUCUCGAUAAGUCGCAAAGUAGAGCGCUUUGGUGUUGUUGCGCAGAAACUAUCAAAACGCCGCAUAACGGUGUAAACCAGCCACACUUUGUUCGUCACCACCGCAGCCGUUGAUAUGGU